CAUGAGUUCCUUUCAAUCAUGCCUCUGUUAAUUUGCAGGGAUUUGAGAUUCAUCCAUGAGAUCCUUUCAAUCAGGCGUCUGUUAAUUUGCAGGGAUUCGAGAUCUGUCCGACACAUAUCAACGACUCCAAUAGACUCGAAGAAUCAUCUUAGCCAAACUUCUCAUUAUUGCUGGGAUUAUUAUAACUUCGCCUCUGCGGUUAUGCUCAUCAUCUUAUGCUCUGCGAUUUUCAUUUGCUUUCGGUAAGGACUCUCAUAUAUUUGAGAGGAUUUCUGACUUAUUGCACAUCAACGAAACCAUCUUCUACUAACAAUCUUGGAGAGUCCAUCUCAAUCAAUUUUCGCAUUAUUGUUGGAUGAUAUGACUCCAAGCCAUAUAUGAUUGAAAUAGUUCUCAUCAAUGAGCAGGUAUCCCCGUCUCCAUGGUGAAUGUAAAGGGCCUUGCCCGUUUGAAGAAACAGGACCCGAAGGGGUCGGGACAGGGCGUCCAGAAGCCCGCUACUGCCCUCUUUAAGAAAGCCGAGGGCGAUGCCGCUGCCGGUAAGAGGAAGGCAGUGACCAAGGGGUCCCCCCCGGCUACCAAGAAGCCGAAGAAGGGGGAUGUCGCCGAGAAGGAGCCCCCGGUCAUUAUUGCCGAUGGGCACCCCGCCUCCGGGGUGCAGGUGGAGAAGCUGCCGGUUGGAACGCCGGCGGGGGCAGAGGAGUCGCUGCCUGAGAUCCUCACAGUUGCUUUCCCGAGGGGUAUGUCUUUGGCCAGCGGCGCCGUCGACCCGGGGGCCAUCCUGAGGGGUAUGACCCCUGAGACGGAUAGGGCUGCCCUCGGGGCCUACAAUGAUGCGGCCCUCGAGGACCACAUUCUCCGCUCCUCCCUCUCUGCUUGCUUAGCCCUCGGCGAACAGGCUCGGAGGCUUCAAGAAUGGCGCCUCCACAGAGCGGAGCAAGACGCCAGAAUGAGGGAGUGCCUCCUCAAGAACCAGGAGGCGGUGAAGCUGGGGGCCCAGCUAGAAGAGGAGCUCCGGCAGAUGAGCUUGAAACUGGAGGCUGCAGAGAAAGCAAGGCUGAUGCUGAGGCCGCUGCCAGGAGAGCUGCUAAAGAGGCCGAGGACUCCAAAGCGCUAGCUGUCGCCAAGGCUCAGGAGGAGGCCGUUGAGGCCUUUGUCGCCGAGGGUUGGAGAGCCGAGGGGCGCAAGAUGUGGGUGUCCUCGGUCGUGGAGGCCUGCGUUGAAGAAUGGGCCGAGGGCCCUGGGUGGGAAUGGAUGGCCCGGAAGGGCAGAGAGUACUAUGAAGCCGGCGAAUUCUUCACCCAGGCCCUCAUCUACCGGAGGAUGGCGCGGCAUUUGGGCAUUGAGCAAAAGGACUUCUCCCCCUAGGCGUAUGGCCUUCCUCCCUUGCAGCCUGACGUCCGUGAGCCGCUCCCGGAAGGUGUUCAGAGGCCCGACCUUGAGGACACGGUGUUGAAGAAUGAGGCCGAGGACGACGCUGUCGAGACCGGAGCGGAGGCAUCAUCGAGGCCGGCUGUAGAGGGCGCCCCAGUGAACGAUGCUGUCGUAGCUGUGGAAUGACUUUGUACUUAGAAAUCUUUGAACAUCUUUUGUAAUGAACAAUAUUGUUCCUUCGGCUUCGGCCCGUUUGUAAAUUCACACUUACUCUUGUUUUUGAUGAAAUGCAU